AUGGUGACUGUCAAUGCCAUAUAUAUUGGAAUUCUCCUUGCACACAACGGCCAGGAUGUUGAAAGGUUGGGAUUCAUGUGGGAUUUCGUGGAUCAAUUCGCACGUCUCGGUCCUACGGCUGUACCACUAAUGUUUGCUUUCGUUGUGGGUAGAGCUGUCAAGAGCUAUGCCCACUGGAGAUUACAGAAAGGGGAGCGUAUCGGGACGUUGGACACCCUCUUCGGUUCUACCACAUUUACCGGAACUAUUACAACAAUAAUCGACCUGCAGAGAUUUGAAGUCGUAGCGGCUUUCCUAGUCAUCAUCUGGAUUCUAUCGCCACUGGGAGGACAGGCAGCGUUUCGAGUACUGACACCACGACUCGAGGAAGUAUCAUCUAACUCGACCCUGCUAUAUCUCGAUAGUGAGGUUCCUUUCCCCUCAAGAUACCGGAAACACGCAGAGGCAGGUCAGCAGACCACAGUCAACACAUUGUUCCUGGGAUCCCUCGCUGCCCCAGAUGCGGUGAAAAGCUCCAAAGUAGAUACAUGGGGCAACGUCAAAAUUCCCAUGAUUGAAUACCUUACAAAUCAUUACAAGCUCAACGAAGACGGCUGGAUUACUUUGGAACAAUAUAAGGGUGAUAUAGUGUAUUCUUCACUUCUUGGUAUCCCUGUCGCUAAUGUUUCUCAACGACAUAGGUCGAGCUUCACCCUAAAGACUUCGUACCUGAUGCUGAACUGUACCGAACUCCGAAUGUUUGCAGAGAAUGCCCACGAAGAAGUCACGUAUCCACGGCAAGGAUGUGAAGCAGGGCAGUGCAAUAUUAAAUUCACAUGGGGCGAGUUUGCCAAUGUUCCCAACCCAGGGGGAAUGCAGAACUCGACGCAUGACUAUGAGCGCUGCACAGAUCCUCGAGUCGCAGCCAAGGACUUGCUAUACUGGAACUACGACCACGUGGAUUCAAGAACUCAAUCAACGCUUGCAAAGUGCUCAAUGACCACGUCAUUCGUCGAAGUCCGAGUCACAUGCACAGGUUGGGACUGCGGUGUCGCGGAAAUGCGGCCAACAGCCUCGACGUCAGAAGCAAGACCCAAUUCAAACAUCACCUUCCUCGACGAGUGUCCCUUUACCGGACUCAACUAUAUGUGGGAAACAUUCUUUGGUUCCUUCGCUACUUUGACCGAAGAAUACAACAAACAAGGUCUCAACAGUUUCAUACAGUCGUACUUAGUUGAUCCCAGCUUGGGGCUAAACUCUUCGGCAACUGUAGACCUCCCCCCCGUUUACCGCGUGGGUGAAAAGCUGUUUUCUAUUCACCUAGCACAGCUAUUGAAUACCUACUGGCAGGCCUUGAUUGGCGACGAGCCGCUGUUUCUGGGUCAUCCCGAGAACUAUGACGGCGUGACGAAGUGGCCACUUGCAAGCGAGUUUUCCCGUACGUACUUCAACUACAGGUUUUUGGAUGCCCAAGCCACUGUAUAUGUCGGUUUCAAGGCCCUGCGAUACCAAAAGGCUUGGAUGGCCGUUCUCGUCAUGGCAACUUUGGUGUUGCUACCCACGACACUCUUGGAUUUUGUGUUGAGUCUAAAGAUUUGGGUCCCCAAGCUUCUCAUGAACAUGUCGACUUUGACAAGGGGUAACCCCAACUUUGACGUCCCAGCCGGCGGCGGAGCACUUUCAGACGAGGCAAGGGCGAAGCUGCUAGCAAAUUUCAAAGUCAGAUUCGGGGACGCUGAGGGGGUCGAUGAAUCUUGUGAUCUCGUCAUGGGGAAUUGCGUGGAACACGGGGGUCGCGUAUCUAAGUUGACGAAAGGGAAACUUUACGCUUGA